CUUUAUGUAUAUUGAGUUGAUACUCUGAGUCAUGAGAUUGAUCUGCAAGAUGUGGCAAAACCCAUGUUAAAAAUGUUCUAAGUGUUCUUAAGUAGCUUAGCAUUAGCAUUUGUCUACCAGAUUCGAAAAUCUUACGUCCAGCAGCUUUAAACUGCCACCCUGCAAGAGAAUAUAAUUCUGUGCUUAACAGCAGAGGUUCCUGAAACUGGUCCUUAUGGUAUGAGUGAGUGAUCAGUGUGGGGCCAAGUCCUAAGAUCCCACACUCACUGCUGCAAGAGAGAAGAUAAAUAUAGAUCAGGAAAAUAUGGUUUAGGUGUAUCACAUCAGCCAUUACCUGUCCAGCUCAAUCCAGACUGAAUGAUUUCCUUUGCAUUUAAGUAACGUUCUAUAACAGAUAGCGCUUAGUGUUUUUGACCAAAUUAAUGCGACCCUAUACGAUUGGUCGGUAACGAUGAGACGGCGUGACGUCUCAUCGGUUAAAGACAACGACUCAGUUCAGCAGAACAAAAAAGUUGCAGAGCGCUGCAGACAGAAACCGCGUGAAUGUCGUACCUGCAAUCUGCACGCACUUAUUGUAAGCUCAGAUUGCGUCUUCAAAAUUUUCUUUGAACACUGCGGCGAAGGUGGCCCGUUUCUUCAGUUUGAGUUGGACGUCUGUGCGGCGGUUCUGAGGAUUUAUUUGGGCGAUUUGAUACUCUGGGUUGCACAGAUUACUCCAGCCAUUUCUGUGUUGUAUAUGAACAGGACAGAGAUGUCUAUCUAUAACAACUUCUCCAUGGGUAACGGUUCAGAGGAGGACUAUUACGAUGACUAUGACGAUGAGCAUGCAGAACUCAGGCAAUCACUCAACAUCAUGUCACUCAUAGUCUACUGUUUAGCCUUUGUGCUUGGAGUGGUUGGGAAUGGCAUUGUGAUCUGGGUGUCUGGAUUCAAGAUGAAGAAGACAGUGAAUACAGUUUGGUUUCUCAACCUGGCAGUAGCAGACUUCCUUUUCACUGCCUUCUUGCCUCUCAGUGUGGCUUACACAGCCAUGGGCUUCCACUGGCCAUUUGGACGCUUCAUGUGCAAGCUCAACAGCACACUCAGUUUCCUCAACAUGUUUGCUAGUGUGUACAUCCUGGUGGUGAUUAGUGUGGACCGUUGCAUAUCAGUUGUGCAUCCAAUAUGGGCCCAGAACCAUCGAAGUGUCAGCUGUGCAUCCGGACUGAGCCUUGGUGUCUGGGUAUUUGCUUUACUCUUGAGCUCUCCCUACUUUGUCUUCAGGGACACUGCUCCAGACUACAAUAAUCCAAAUGUUAUCAACUGCUUUAACAACUUUGCCUUUUCUGAUGAUUAUGAGACUAUAGAGGUGGUGGAGCUCCGUCUCCUACGGCACCGUGCUAUGAUCAUCACACGUUUUCUCCUGGGGUUUGUAGUGCCUUUUUCAAUCAUUGUCUCCUGCUAUGCAAUCAUCAUCCAUCGCCUCAAAAGAAACCGCUCAAUGUCUGGUCGCACAGGGCGCCCUUUUAAAAUCAUUGCUGCUGUGAUCACAGCUUUUUUUCUAUGCUGGGCUCCAUACCACAUCCUGGUGCUGAUCGAGAUGGCUCACCACAUGGCCCCCAAGAAUAGCCCCACCCUGGAGCAUAUAACUACUAUUGGCAUUCCCAUAGCCACUAGUUUGGCUUUUCUCAACAGCUGCCUGAACCCAUUAUUAUAUGUGUUCAUUGGUCAGGAUUUCAAAGAUAAGGUGCGGAAGUCUAUCUUGAAAGUGCUGGAAACAGCAUUCUCAGAGGAGGUUUCACGCACUAACACCUGCACAAACUCCAUGCUCAACACUCGCAUCAAAGAGCAAGGAAGCAAGUCAUUUUCUGAUGUAGAGCUGUAAGAAACAGAUGCAAAUACUCUUUUUUUCGAGGAGAGGGCAUACUUCAUUGCAAUUUUGGCAACUAAAAGAAACAACCUUAGAAUGUGUACAGAAUAAAGGACUGAAAUAAAAACUGCAAGCUGCAAACAUUUUGGUCCAUGAAUAACUAGAAAACAAAUUUUAACCGCAGUGCAGCUUACACUUAUGUACAUAUGGGCAAUGUCCCAAAUCCACUGUUUGGUCACUAUUUUGGAAGAAGAUAAGUUCUUGGUCUUCAAGAAAUCAGUAGUUAUUCCUCAUAUUGAAGCAAAUGAGCUACAAUAUAUCACUGUCAGCUUAAACAUCAAGGAAGUAUAAAAUGUUAGGACAUAAGUAUGGAAGCCCAGAAAGGCCAUGAGGUUUUUUUUUUUUGUAAUCUAUUGGAUUGUAAUCUAUCUUUCUUGAUCUCAAAAUAACAAAAGUUUGAGCUUGGCGUGGAGUUGAGAAGGCAGCUCAGAAGUCUGCAACUAUACUGUUGUAGACAUUAUAUUUGUAUUCUAGUUCAAAGCACUUCUGUAAGUUGCUCUGGAUAAUGGUAUAUGCCAAAUGCCAUAAAUGUAAAUGUUAUAGUGAUCCUGAAUGGGUGGUCAAUUUCACUGCCAGCCUAUUUGAGAGACCGGGACGUCUCCAUGGUUAUCGCUUGAUGUUUGAGAGAUGCUGCUUAAAUGGUUUGUGGCUUACAAGAUAAGUGGUGAUCAAAAUGUUUGGAAAAGUAUGUAAUUACUGUAGAAUCACCAUAAUACCAAUUAUAUGACAGUGUCCCACUGGCCACAAUAAUGUAAUGCUAGUAUGCUGCUGCUAUGCCACUGGCCACAGUGAUGUAAUGUAGUAUGCUACUGCUGCAUGAUCUCGGAAAAUAAAUUAUUAUCGCGAGAUCAAGAAAAUAAUGUAUGCGCUCAAGAAAUCAACUUUUGUUAUCUUGGAAUCACAAGAAAAAUAAGUUGUGAUCUUGAGAUAACAGUACAGAAAAAAAAAAUAACUUAUGGCCUUUCUGAACUUCCAUACACAAUACAUUGAUUUAGAAGGCCAAGUUGACUUUGGUUUUUGUGGGAUUACUGUUAGAAAUUAUAUGGUAAAUUUACAGCAAGCAUGUUAACUAGAACUGUAUUAUUAUUUUUGUGUUUUAAUAUUACAGUUGGUAUUAUAAUAAACUGGAUACAGAAUGUUCUCUGUACAUCCUCUGUCCUCAGCAUGAUGAAGACCUUUAAAUAUGGUACUUGAUUAAAGUACCCAAUACUGAUUUUUGUGUAGUACAAUUUAUUCCAAUAAUAAUAACUGUAUUAUUUCCAUGUCUUGCUAAUCUUUUAUUUUGUUUAAUAUAUUUAAUCAGUAAUUUUUCAUGAGAUCAUAUAAGAAUGUAUUGUAUUACUUUUUUUAAAAUAUAUUUUUGCUGAAUGUGCUUUGUGGUUGUAAAAAAAUUAACAACAUUAAAUGCAUCAAGCAAAAUACUUAAGCCUGCUUUAGUAUUAACCUAAUUUAUCAUUCAAUACCAUAGAAAGAAACAAAGGGUUGGCUAGGUGUGAUGUGCUCUUAAUUACUUUUUUUUUAACUUGACUAUCAAAGGAAUAACCCUCUGACCCUCCCUCCCAGAAAAGCAGAGCACAAGGAUGCUCCCAUUCAGCGCCAGCUACUUAGAACAUAUCAAUCUUUAUGUGGGGAAAGUUCUCCAAGUGCUUAAGAUGAUUUUCUGGGCAACCCAUUCAAUAUAACUAAUAAUUUAACAAUAUGGCUUCCACCCUCCACCCAGCUGUUUGCACAGGAUGUAAUCUAUUUUAUCAGGCUUUUAAUUUGGUUUUUUGAUUUGUUGAAUUAAUAAAACAAUGCCAAAAUCUUUGUUUAAUUCAAUGCAUUUUGCUAUAGAGAAAACCUAAAAUCCACUCAGACAUCCAGGUUAGCUUACGUUAUCUGGUUGGCUAGGGUUAUCAGUUAUACUGUAUUUGUUAAUUAACUGUAUUUGAUAAUUAUUUGUAUUUAAUAACAUUUAGAUUCUCUCCGUCCUGACAGAUAAAAUUAUUUAGCUAACAGCUAGCAUUAACCAUGCUAAUUAUGAACAUUUAUAAAUAUGGUUUUAAAAUCAUGUCAGGUCAGCUCAUGUUACCUAGAUGAUCAGCAUUAACAAUCAGCACUGCAAUGAAGUGACUGUAAAGUGUGGCUAAGGCUAAUGCACCUAACCUGCAAUGAUUUAUUCACAUUAAUUGAUGUCAGAAAAAAAUGUGCCAUUUGGAAUGGUUAAAAUGAACAGAAAUUUUGUGUGAUUUUAUAAAAUCAUAUCAUUCUUUUAGUAUUUUAAAUCAACAGAGAAGAAAAGUGUGUGAUGUAGCAACUAAUAAUCACUGCUAAUAAUGUUUAAUAACAAUGCAUGUCAUAACAGUUCUAUUCUGUUAGUGACACCAAAAGUACGAGAGUGUAUUACAGAUCAUAGUACCCAAGAAUACUCCAGCUGAGAUUAGCAAUAACUUCAUAAAUACUCACAGUAAAUGGUUGAAAAAGUAGUGAAUUUAAACAUUGGAUUAUGUUAGUUAUGUAAACGUCAUGUGACAUUUAUAUUACAUUAAUAUUACAUUAAUAUUACUUCUUCAUACCUCACUUUAAUUUUUAAUGUCAUACUGAUUUGGUUUUUAAUAUGUAAUAAUAGCAUGCUCCUGUAGACUAGUCAAUGAAAGUAAAUUAAAUAUUUUAAUAGCAUGUUAAUGUUGUGUUUGUAUGUACACAGUAGCAUCACACAAGCCCAGUACUUUUAAAAGCUUUUUUUUUUUUAAUUUAUAAUAAUACCAAGUUUAAUUAGAAAUUUAGUUUUAAAUUUAGUUAGUAUUUAAUACAGACUGACUGUUUGAGAAGAGCAAAAGUCAAGAAACUAGGACGGAGCUGAUCUAGAAGACAAUAUAAAGCAGAUUUGGCCUGCAUCUGGACCAGAGGACCACUGAAAAAAUGUUGAAGCUGAGCCAGUGCCGGCCCAGAAAUCAGAAUACAGAUGUGGACACCACCGGCCCAAAUAUUAUUAGAGGGCCAAGCACUUCUUCUUCUUCUGGAUAUGGUGUCUAUGGGAGCCCACAGAACCAUCUGGUAAAAAGUGGUGAAAUUUGGCUCACUGAUUGGGGAGGGUCUAAGGAACAUUCUGACCAAAUUUGGGCCAAGUUUUGCCAACACUCUAGCGCCACCACCAGGUCAAAUUUGGGCCUAAUUUGGAAGUACAUUUAUGGUCAUAACCUUUGAACCGUGUGUCCAAAAUUUAAAAGCCUCACUGAGACAAAUUCAGUGCACCCUAUGACAUCAAUUUCCGACUAAUGAGAUUUUCCGCCGUCUUGGAUUUUGCUACUCCUUGUACAAAUGUUGUCCAAUCAUCACCAAAGUUGGCACACAUCAUCUUCAGAGUAAGCCUCACAAAAGUUAUCAAAAUAAUUUUGAAUAGUCCAAAGAUUUUUGCCCAUAAUGGGCCAACGAAUCUGAUGGUGAAGCUGUCUAACAGGAAGUGAGGUUGUAUCUCAGCAACGACUUUGCAGACUGACACAAAACUUGGUAGGCAGCUUCAGGACCAUGACGUGAGGCUAAGCAAUAAAUUUUGUGCCAACAUCAGCUACUGGUCAAAAGUUACAAAAACAUGCCAAAAAUGCUUACAUCUAACUGCCAUUUUUGGCUACUCCUCCUCCAAAUUUUUUCCAAUCCUCAUCACAUGUGGCUCACAUCAUCUUGAGAUCUGUCUGAACAAAGGUUAUCAAAGGAAUUUUGAUAUUCAAACCCGUUCUCCUGUAACACGCCUUGCAAAUGCAAAAAACAGGAUGUGAGGGUGUAUCUCAGCAAUGCAUCUACAUAUCAUCACGAAACUUGAUAAGUAUCUUCAGGACCAUGCCCUGAAUGUACCCAAGAUGUUUUGUGACUGCACCACCAUGUGGUCAAGAACUGUAACUUAAUUUUUUUUCUUUAUAUCAUUUGAAGAGUUUGUGAUAAAUUCACAGUUAAUUUUUCCUAUAAUUCCCUGGAGUAUGCAGAAGUGAAUGCACACCAACAUCUGAAAUUCAAGUGUACUUCCUGUCGCCCAUCUUGGAUUUUGUUAAAAACAGUUUUGUCGCUAUUCCUCCUACAAAUUUUCUCAAAUCAUCACCAAAUUUGGCACACAUCAUCUUUUUUUUGUGCACACAAGCCUCACAAAAGUUAUCAUAAGAAUUUUGAAUAUUCCAAAUGGUUUGUCUGUAAUGGGCAAACGGAUCUGAUGGCGAAGCCGCCAAACAGGAAGUGAGGCUUUAUCUCAGCAACAACUUUGUGCACUGACACAAAACUUGGUAGGCAUCUUCAGGACCAUGACCUGAGGCUAUGAAACAAAUUUCGUGCCAGCCCCACAUACUGGUCAAAAGUAACAAUAACAUGCUAAAAAAAUGCUUACAUCUAAGUGCCAUUUUUGCUGCUACUCCUCCAAAUCUUGUCCAAUCUUCACCAAAUUUGGCUCAUAUCAUCUUGACACAUGUCUGAACAAAGCUACAGCAAUUCCACCCUGCUGCCCAUUUGUUCAUCUAGACCUUUCCUCCUACAGUCAGAGAAUUCCACCACUGUCUGUGGUCACAACAUACACAUUAAGAGUGUAAGUACAAAUCACUCUUGAAUCUCUUUGCCUAAAGUUAUGGCUCUGCUUUCCUGUGAUUGCUUAAGCAACAAUUAUAGCGUGUCUGUGAAUGUGUGGCUCACCGAGUCUGGGUGCUUGGUCCCCAAAAAUGCUGCUUGCAUCUUUAAUUAUUAUAUAUCUUGUCUAAAUUAUCUUAUAAUGCCUAUCAGAAUCAGACAAAAUCUAUAGCUAAGUAUGUUGUUUAUAAACUAAGAGUUUUACUGAAUUUUACUAGAAAUAACAUUCAGUGUGUCCCUUUGUCUAACAAAGCUUAAUCUUUUGCCUACAUAAAACUAAAAACAUCCCACCCCCAUUAGUUUUUAUUCAGUCCAGUGGGACCCCAGUCCCAAUGCACACCUCUAACCUUUGAAAUCUAUAUCCUGAAAUCAACAAAAUUAACUUUAGAUAUUGAAAGGUAUUGAAACCGAUAAGAUCACCGCAAAUGAAAAGUGAUGGGAAAAUCCUUUUCCCACGAAUUCUACUGGAUAUAAACUGCCAGAACAAAACAAUUAUGUGCCAUUCUUUCCUGCGAAGAGACGGUCUUAGUGAGGAGCAACAAAAUUGGCAAAUAAAGUAUGUGUAGGUGAACUAUGCAUGCCUUUUAAAUUACAGUCAUUUGAGCACACUCAUUACAGUUCCCAUUUUAGAGCUAUGCUGUACCUGACAAAAAACAGUACAAUAUUAAGAGCAGGCAACGUGUUCUCAAAUGUAAGACUACGUUGGGGUCAACACAAUGCAGUGAGGCACUCUGUAGUGGCACCAGAAUUCAACCUAUCACUUUAUCCACAAUCUUUGGAAAAGCAGAUUGGUGCCAUGAUCUCAGCUGAAAUGUGCAACAUGGAGUCAAAUAAAUCUUUCUCUGCAAUCCUCCACUGAUGCAAUGGUUGACUUGACUGAAGUCACUUCAAUAAUCAGGACCAACCUACGCACCUUCUUCAACAUUAUAUGUGUGCGGACCUUUUCUCAAAGUUAAACAAACCAUAAAAUACAUAAUUAAAACUAAAGAAAAGUCAUCAAUAAGAUAAACUUGAAAUGAAAUUAAGAGAUCAGACCAAAAUUUGCUAGCAUAAGCACACUGCCAAAACUAAUAAUCAGUUUCAAUGUCAGACCUGUAUCUCUUAAAUUCUAUGGAUUAAUUUAAACUUCUCACUUUGUUGGAAAGUAAGUGCUUUAGUGGCAAGGACCAUACUUUUUGCCAAGGUAUAUUCUCUACAAUACCAUCCCAAUAUGGCAUUAUGUUUGGAAUCAUAACAAUGUCUUUCUGAAAUAAAGCUCCAAUUUUCUUGUUAUUACAUUGCUGCUUUGUUGAAAAGCACACACUCCAAAAAAAGUAUCUAUUAAAUGAAGAGACUGAUCAAGUGGCCAUGGAAAGUUAACGUCCCUCAGUCACUCCAGCUGGAAUAACAUCAAAUACAAUUGCAUAUUCCUUAACAAAAUAAAGGAAUUUUAUAUUUUUGCAGGAAUUCCUGAUAACUAUAUGGCCUACCAUUUGAGUCAAGAAAUUGGCCAACUACAAUUAGUUUGUUUCUGAACCAUUGUUAGACAACAUACAGUCAAUUUUCUUCAUCAUUUUCUUUUCUACUUCCAAAAAGAGAGUUGCAUAAGUUACUCAAGAUAAUACUUCAGCUUUUGAAAGCAGAAUUCUACCUUUGAUAGUCAAAUCUCUUUGCAACCAUGCAUUCAGUCUCUUUUGUGUUUUUUCAUUGAGGGGAAUAACGUUUAACUGGCACCUCAUAUUCUGAGCUUUAACAAGUUUAUUCCUAAAUAAGUAAUCUGAUCCUUCACUGGAAUAUCAUGGAUAAAAGAGGCAUCACAUUCUUUAAUGGCUUUUUUUUAAAAAAGCUCUAGAGCGAGGGAACUUUGGGAGGCAUUCUUUAAAAACAGCAUGGCGUCAUCGGCCAACUGGCUAACAAUUAUGUGUCUGUCAGCAUUUAUUAGUCCUUGUAAUGAACUACUGGAAAUAUGAAGAGUGAGAAAUUGAGAAGCAAUCAAAAAUAAAUACAGAGAAAUUGGACAGCCUUGGGCAUGUACCAAAUUUUAAUCAAACAGAACUUCUAUUAUUUUUAUAUAAUGUUUUGAUAGUUUUACAAAAAAAAUAAAGC